AAACCAUGGGGGCGGAAGAGGUGCUGGAUAGGAGGCGGGUGGACGCGGUUCUCUCCGGAAGGGCUAUGGCUUCUUUAGCCCCGCCCGCCUCGGUAGCUGCCUGAAGUAGUGCAGGGUCUGCCGGCGAGUUGCAGGUCAUGGCCCUGGCCGCUCGACUGUGGCGCUUUCUGCCAUUGCGACGUGGAGCCGCCCCGGGGCCUCGGCUCCCUGCGGGGACUUCGGGCAGCCGUGGGCAUUGCGGCCGCUGUCGAUUCCGUGGCUUCGAGGUAAUGGGAAACCCAGGAACUUUCAGAAGAGGCCUUUUACUCUCAGCUUUGUCUUAUUGGGGUUUUGAAACUUACCAGGUUAUCUCUCAGGCUGCUGUGGUUCAUGCGGCAGCCAAAGUUGAAGAAAUACUUGAACAAGCAGACUACCUGUAUGAAAGCGGAGAAACAGAAAAACUUUAUCAGUUGCUAACCCAAUACAAGGAGAGUGAAGACGCAGAGUUACUGUGGCGUUUGGCACGAGCAUCACGUGAUGUUGCUCAGCUUAGCAGAACCUCAGAACAGGAGAAAAAGCUAUUGGUGUAUGAAGCCCUAGAGUAUGCAAAAAGAGCACUAGAGAAAAAUGAAUCACAUUUUGCAGCUCAUAAGAAAGCAAUUGAACUGAACCCUAAAGAUGCGACUUCAUUUCACCUUAUGGGUAUUUGGUGCUAUACAUUUGCUGAAAUGCCUUGGUAUCAAAGAAGAAUUGCUGAAAUGCUGUUUGCAACUCCUCCAAGUUCCACCUAUGAGAAGGCCUUAGGCUACUUUCACAGGGCAGAACAAGUGGAUCCAAACUUCUACAGCAAAAACUUACUUCUUUUAGGAAAGACAUACUUGAAACUACACAACAAAAAGCUUGCUGCUUUCUGGCUAAUGAAAGCCAAGGACUAUCCAGCACACACAGAGGAGGAUAAACAGAUACAGACAGAAGCUGCUCAGUUGCUUACAAGUUUCAGUGAGAAGAACUGAGAACUUUUCAGAGAUGAUGUAUGAAACAGCUAAUAAACAUUGCCUUUUCAUUUAAUUAUAAAAAUAUAUGAACUAUAACUGUUCUACGGCUUUUAAAAUGUUGUGACCAUUUAACAGUGUAAAUAUAAAAAAUUCUAGGCUUCUUCACAAAUAAUAAAGUAAAAUAAAUAAUUGCCAUAAGAGUGGUAGAAAUAAAUCUCCAUGGCUCAGGCAAAGAUUAUUUUGCAUCCUGGAUACCAGCAAUGCAAAAUGGUGUGAGAUUUCUAAGGAUUGAUCACAUAGGGAUGGGAGAUCAAGCAAAGAAAGCUUUGUAGAGGAGGGGAAAUGGAUCUAUAGGGGAUAUACAGGGAGAUGGAUUUUCAAGUUGGAUGGAUUCUAAGUUGAGAUCUUUGCAGAGAAGGUGUGGUAAAAGAGGUUAGGAUUUUGUGGUUUCCUGACAUAAAGUAGUUAAAUGAUGUAUCUUGGAGCUAACCUGUAUAAGGAAGGAAUUAAGUCAGGAGACGACUAAAAAUUGAGUGGUUUCCUUUUUUAUUUUUAUUUUUUUGAGACAGAGUCUCACUUGGUCAUCCAGGCUGGCGUGCAGUGGCAUAAUCUUGGCCCACUGCAGCCUCCGCCUCUCCGGUUCAAGUGAUUCUCCUGCCUUAACCUCCUGAGUGGCUGGGAUUACAGGGUUGUACCACCACACCUGGCUUUUAUAUUUUUGGUAGAGAUGGGGUUUUGCCAGGUUGGCUAGGCUGGUCUCAAACUCCUGGCCCCAAGUGAUCUGCCCACCUCGGCCUCCCAAAGUGCGGGGAUUACAGGUGUGAGCCACCACGCCUGGCCAGUUUCAUCUAAAUGUGGUGUAUAGUCUCAUGGUAGACUGAAUUUAUCAGACACAAAGCUCUAUUCCUUAAUGGAAUGGAAGGAACACAAAACUUAAGAGUGAAAUGGAAUACUAACAUGUUUUUAAAUAGGCAGGACUGUGCUACUCACUUGAGGCUGGAGUGCCACCACUGCAAAAUCUUUUUAAGUUUUGUAAAAAGGAGUAUCAUCUUGAAUCCACUUGGAUAAAGAGAGACUGUGUGUAGGUGGACUUUUCCCAAAGGAUUUGGAAAUUGUAAUGUUACAAUGAACUGUAUGGAUAUGCUUAUCAUGUACAUUUUCAAACAAAAAGGAAGACCGAAAGUAGUAAUCUUUGUACACCCAUCUCAGAUUCAACGAUUCUGCUAUAUAGGUUGUGUAUCUCUUAUCUGAAAUACUUGUGACUAGAAGCAGCAUUUUGGAUUUGGGAAUUUUUUUCAAAUUUUGGAAUAUCUCCAUACACACAAUAAGACAUCUUGGAGAUGGGAUCCAAGUCUAAACACAAAAUUCACUUGUUUCAUAUAUACCUUAUGCACAUAGCCUGAAGGUAACUUUAUGUAAUUUUUUAAAAUAAUUUUGUGCAUUGAGACAAAGUUUGCAUACAUUGAACCAUCAGAAAGCAAAGGUGUCAUCUCAGCCACUCAUGUGAUCAAUUUGUGGUUUGAUGUCACCAUCAUUCCUGACUGAAUUUAUAUGCUACCAAUAAGCAGUUACUAUACUUAUUCCUGCAUAACUACUUAACAGUAAAAAAAAAUGACAUAAUUCGCAUAGGAACAAAGAUGGCAAAAAAAAAAAAAAAAAAAAAGACAUACUAUUGAUGCAGUGAAAAAAUAAUGUGGUCAGGGUAGCUAGGCAAUAGUAGCAUCACCAGAAACCUGUAUCAGCUGUUUAACGGCAGCAACAAACAAUGGCAGGCUUUCAGUCUCCCGCUUAUGAUGCUGUAUUUUAAAAGGUUAUUGUAUACUGUAUUUUAUUUUUGUAGGUGAGGAGAAACAGAAGCAGUUGAAGGGCCAGAAGUGGGUCUUUCUAGGGAUGUGGUGGUAUUCUGCUGGAUGGCUUUUUAAAAUGGGUUUUUUCCUGUAGGGAAACCGAAUAAACUGUGUUGUGCACCUGCA